UAGAGGAGGUUAUUUAAACUGUUCGUUAUAAAAUAAUACGAAAAAGAUAAAUAUUAGGAAUUUCGUUUGCGUGACUACAACCAUGUAUUCACGAAAACAUUAUUUUACUGUAUUCAUUUUGUACUUAUGCUUAAAAACAUGUGAUAGUGCCAAAAUAAACACGCCGAGGGUGCUUCUUCCAUGGUUUGAAGAUUUCCACGUGAAUUUUACCUUCGAAAUUAUUGAAGGGGGCUGUUAUACAUGGAGUUUAUCGAGGGAUGACAUCAUUGACUUAGAACCCUUGUAUGAAAAUUCAUGGGAGCAUUGUUCACGGUCGGCGCGCGUAUCAGUCUCCAAGACAUGUAUUUCCCCAGGCACGGUAAUAAUUCUAGCCGAAGAAGUCAAUUCCGGAGAGAUUCUUCGAGGUGAUGUGGACGUCGAUGAAGUAAAGUCUCUGGAAGUAAUGUGCACAACAUGGAAGCUUUUCUUGGAAGAAGCUCCUGAGGCAUUUCAAGUUGUUGCUUAUGAUGAUCAAGGAAACAAAUUUUCAACACUAGAUGGCCUCACAUUUACUUGGACAGUUGAAAAUCUCGGCAAUAGUGCUGGUGAAGAUCCUUUAGUUAUGUUAGUUUGGUGGCGUGAUACAGAUUAUGAAGCUCCUCCCAGUGUCUUAGAGCUUGAAGCUCAAGGCAAACGCUCUUAUUCAGUGCUACUGUAUGGACAGGCUAUGGGUGAUUGUCGUGUGACCGUAUGUCUCAAAAAUAUUUGUUCUGAUUUCACCUUGCAAGUGGUUGCCAGUGUCGUUUUGAUGCCUGCAACCGCAGUUAUUGCUCCAGGAGAUACACUGAAAUAUAGAGUUGUACGAGCACGUGCAGGUCGCCUCACUGUACAAGACAUAUCUGAAACAUUAUACUACAUGAAAGUUCCAGAGACUGGUAUUGCUUUAUUGGAAGACAGUACAAGUUUGGUCCGAGGCAUGGACAUUGGAACAACAAAUAUAUUUCUUAUGUCAGGGGUCACAGAAGUCGCGUCUGCAACACUUUCUGUAGCUGAACCACACAGUAUCAGGGUCACAAUUAGACCUCCUGAACUAAUUAUACGCGGAGAAGCAUUUAUUGUACACAGUCUGUUGCUCGAUUCUACAGGCCACCCGCUUACUGCUGGUGAUGAAAUCCUGAUUAGGUUGUCAGUUGAAGGAGAUGCAAAUGUUGAUUUGUUCCGGUCUACAGAAAAUGGUACCAUUACAGAUGCGGUUGCCCUCAAUGCUGGCUCUUUCACAGUCACAGCAAGAUUACAUUCAAUUGCCGGUAAAACUGUAAACACGAAGGUGGAAGGUCAGGCAUCAGCAGUUGCUGUAGAACCACUUGAGAUAGUCCCACCUGAAACGUUCAUAGCGUGGACGGACACGAUUCAGGAAUUAACACUUCAACACCGUGGGGGUGGUGAUGAACCAGUCGUAUGGUCCGAGAAAGAUAACGACGGUGGCGGCAUUUCUCUUGCAUCAACGGGAAUAGCCACGAUUCGUGGAUUGGGAGAUGUCGAUGUACAAGUGCAAUUAAAGAAGUACCCUCACGUACGUGCCACGGGACGUGUGUGGUCAGCUCCAGCGGAGUUAUUGCAAGUGUCGAGCUCUGGGCACGCACGCGUCGGCAGGCCUCACCAUUUGCACGUAGCACUCACCGCGACGCAUCCUACCACAGGCGAACUAUACAAUUUCGACAUUUGUAACUGUGCAUCGUUUGCGGUUUCGCUACUCGAAGGCCCCGAACCUCACAAUGUAACUUCUGCACCUUGGGUCCAGCCCGUCGAAGGAGCGUGUUGUGUGUUAGAGUGUAUAUUUAUAUCCCGGGGCGUGGCCACAGUGCGCGUGGCUCGAGGUCGCACCGGCGACACCACGCGCGUGGCAGUCCGAGCCGCGCCGACCUUACUCUGGCCUAAGAACGCCGCAGCGCUCGUCGGAGCCACUUUACCCGUUCUAGCAGAGGGAGAGUCGCUAGAACCAGUAUCAAAUGAGCCCCGAAUUGCAGAGCUAUCUUCAAGAAGCGGUCCGUCGCCACACAGGUACCCUCAAGUGCAGUUGUUUUCUUUCAAGUGUCAUAGAAAGGGUGAUGCGCGUGUGGAGUUGAUUUCGCAAUCGGAUGAUGAACGCGAAUCGGUGCGCAUAGAUACAGCGUGCGCUCCGCACGUGUCGCGGGUGCGCCUGGAACUGCCCGACGUGCACGCCAACUGUACCGGAGGCCCGAGACUGUGGUUGCGUCCCGGCCACGAACUGUCCAUCAGAGUUACGUUAUUGGACGCUAUUGGACGGGAACUUUUGGAUGAGCGAGGACCUAGAGUCACGUGGGAAAUCGAGCCUCACCAUUCAGGUAUACAGUAUAGAGCCACGGAUAGAUUGUUUAUCGAAACGCAUCCGGAAUACGCUCCCGUCCCCGUUCCUUAUAAGUAUUAUCAGUUGGUGAUCGCAGACGAACAGGCCGUGGGCUGGAGUGGAGUCCUCAAAGCAAACAUUCCGGAAGCUGUUGCUAGUAUUCAGGCCAAAGUUGUUGCACCGUUGAAGCUGGAUUUGGUUCAGAUAAACCUUGCCUGGGAGGGUGAAAUCCUAAACAACAUAGCGACAGUAUCCGGUGGUAGUGGUCGUUACACCGUUGAAACAGCCAAAGGGGUUGUAGCCAGUGUGGACAAUGGAAAGCUUUCUACUGUAGUACCGGGCCCUGGGUCUUACGAGCUUGUUGUCACCGAUCUUUGUGUCCACGGAGAAAAACAAAUAGUCGAGGUUAAUAUUGAAGAGAUUUUAAGCGUCGAGGUGUCGACAGCCCGUGCGGUUUGUGUGGGAGGGUGCGUGCCGAUAACGACACUAGUUAAAGGAGUGUCGCGCAGGUAUAUAUCGAGCAGUCGCAAUCCGGACUACAGGACCGUAGGAAAUGUGGCGGUCACAAAUGGAACUCUCUGUGGAGUGAAAGAGGGAACCGGGAGGGUCAGAGCUUCUUUGGGUGGAGUUUGGAGUUCAGAAGUUGAGGUGACCGUAUUCCCUCCCCUAGAGAUCAUACCUCCGAGGGCUCGCUUGCCGCCCGGCGCGCGGUUGCAGCUGCAACACAGAGGCGGUCCUCCUCCGCAUCUGGCGUCACUAAACUACAUCGGACUCGCACCGCACGGUCCUGCCGAAGUGUCUUCGACCGGGUCAGUUCAGGGUCUAUCGACCGGCACGGCGCGCAUCAAGUUGGUGGCCACUGAUAUUGCUGACGUUGAAAUGGCCAGUGCUGAAUCUGAAGUUGAGGUCAUUCCGAUAACCGGUCUUCGUGUACGAGCGGCUACUCAAACUCUUCUCGUGGGAUCUCCAUCUCCGCUGUGGGUGGAGGCUGCGGGACUCGGGGCGUCGUCGCUGGCCGCGCUGCAUCCCGCGCCCAGACUCACCUGGACCAUAAGGGAUGGGACUUCGGCUAGGCUCUACACAACACAUGCUGACGAUUUAUUGGAAAGGUCAGUUGCUGAUGGUCUGUCAGUGCGAGUGGUGCCCCUGAAGCCCGGAGUCAUAACUAUUGACGUUCGUGUACGAAAUAUGGGACAGGCUGUCGAGACUCGCACUUGGGACAGCACGAUCGAGAUCCUAGCCGUAUCCGACAUUCGGACUUCGGUGGAUGGGCUGCCGAAGCCGCUGCGGUCCGGCGAGCGCCUCGCCCUGGCCCCCGGGUCGGUUCUGCGACUCAAGUCGUUGCCCAGGAGCAGUUGGUCGGCUCUCAGCGAGGGCUCGUUCGAAGUCAACCCUAACGGCGAACUCAGGGCCUUGAAACCGGGACACGGUGUUAUAGUGGCCCAACACAAGGACGACAGAAAUAAUAUCUAUAGGGAGACGGUUCUCCACGUCGAAGUAUCAACACCACACUACUGCACGGCAGAACCGUCAGGGGAGCACGACGAGACCACCGUGAGACUGGUGAUGAGGAGCUCUAUAGGCCGCGAGCUACUGGCGCCCGACGCUAACGUCACGGUUCUCUCGUCACUGGUCGCACACUCGAGGCGCGCCGUCCACAAUGCUCUUGGAAAUGAAAUAGUCAUAGCCAAUUUGAACUCUGCGGGUGCUUUUGUGAGCUUCGCGGGUACAGCCGGAGGCGUGACCGUCAGAGACGACGUAUGGGUCACCGGUUCCGAUUCAAAGACUGACAGGAUAGUAGCGGCGGGAGGGUGGGGCGUGUGCCUGGAGGGCGUGGGGUGGCGCGUGCCGAGCGGCGUGCGGGCCGCGGCGGGCGCGGGCGCCACGCUGGCUGUCCUCACCGAUGACGUCACCGCGCACCACGUGCUGCGGCUGGACCGACCCGCCAUCGCCUGCACGCUACAACAGAUACCCGUCGAAAAGAUCGAGUUCAAGCAAGGCGAAUGGGCGUCCUCACUGGUCCCGUUGUCUAUCGAAGCGUCCGGACUGACGUCGGGUCCGUUGCUGUGCACGGAGGAGCAGCGCUACGCAUUGGAAGGCGUACAAAUACAACUACCCUACACUUGCAGAACCAAGCCGCCGCAUACAGCGGAGCCCGUGCUCGACAUGAUCAAUGGACAAAUGGGAUGUAAGAUUGUACCAGCGAGCGUCAUCACGGAGGCCUCGGAUGUCGAGCUGUGCGCGGAGUGGGGCGCCUACCGAACCUGCACCAAAACGUAUUUGCUGCCAUUGAUUCACACAUCUGCUUCUAAGGUGUCACUGCUGCAUCCCCCCGCAGUGUUCACCGUGGAAGGACACCCUUUGGCCUUGAAACUAGUCAAGGUCACUCCUUCGCCUGGCCUUAUAGUUGAUACGGCGCAUAAAGAUGGUGAAAUCACAGUGACCGUCUCUAACGAAGCGUCGACAUGCGGCACUGGCUGGGUGGAGGUGAAGUCGAGGCUGACCGCGCAGGAGUUGCGGGUCGAGGUGGAGAGGGAGUGUGACGUGUCGUGCGGGACGUUGCUGGGGGCUCUGUUCUCUCUGCUGCGGCCCUACCUGUCGACCCUGUUCACUGUUGCGGCCGUCGCGGCGGCCUACAUGUUCAUACAAUCGAAGCUGCAACACAAAUCCCAGAUACGAAUGCCGACGGAGCCCGUUCAGACCGUGCUGCCUCCGCUGAACGCGAGUCCGAUGUCGCGUCGAACCCGCACCUGGUCGCGCAGUCCAUACGCCGCCAACGGUCCCGCGUCUCCCGUCUACGGGGACGCCAGCGUGUUGCCCGACAGCAGUUUCUCUCCCACGAGAAACCAAUCCGGCUUCCUAUAGCUGUUGUGUUUAAAUAAGAAAAGUGAAAAGACACGGUGAUAAUUAAAAAAAUUUAAACUUGGCAACAUUCAAGUCAAAGUAUUGCGGUGCGAUCCCGCUGCCUGAGUGAUAUGCUAAAAAAUAGAUCCUAUUACGUGCCUCUGUAUAAAUUCAUCAAAAAUACAGUGGGGAAAGUAUAAUAAACCAAAUAAAAAUACUAAGACUUGGCCUAAAGGUCUAGAGAUACCAGGCCAUAAACGCCAAAAAAAAAAUAUUGCGGUGCGACACAGAGACGCGUGAUUGGAUCAAAUAUUUAACAGUCGAAUUUGGGCCUAAUCUGACCACAAUAGAUACGGCUCAACCGAAAGUUCGAGAUGGAAUGCUUAGCAGAAUUGAAUGUAAAACUGUAAUUAAGUUUUAAGUGUGUUCAAAUCUCAUUGACUGAUUGUUGACUUCAUUGUGAUGCAUCUCGUAUCGUAUUAAAAGUGUAUUUAUGAACACGGCAAGACAGUUUAGUUUUUUACGGUGCAUCUUACAUGUUGUGAUAAAGGUGAAAGUAUAAUAAAGGUGCCUAGUCGAAGUUGAAUCGAAGUGUGGGAUUUGUUGUGUACAAUAAUGAUGUAAGUGCUUUUUACGUAUAUUUAAUUGUUUGUGUGACUUAAUCAAAGUGGUGAUUUGUGAAUGAAAAUUCAUUAUUGGUAUUUUCAUGUGUAUGUGUUUCAAUGAACUAUAGUGAAUGUCAUAAAGUAAGUUUCAUUUUUUGGUUGUGAUGGAAAACUUGCAUAAUUAACAACAAAAAAACCUGUUUUUAUUCUUUAUUCAGCUGAACGAGGUUUGAUGUUGAUUAAAAUUGAAGAGCAUCAUAAUAUUUUUAAAUUCGGCAUUACAUUAUUUCUAUUAUUUAUUUCAAUAUGUUUUCUUUUGUUAAUGGCUCAAUUAAAACCAUAAUUUGUCAUUUACAUUUUCCCACUAAAAUAAUACUUUGUGUAUAAUAGAAGUUUACAGUUACAUGUAAAUUAAGACCAGUUAUAAGACCCAAUUUACCAUUACAUUAUAUGUAAAGAAGGGAGCUUAAAAUAUUAAGGUUUUUCUUUGAAUCCACUACUAGACAUAUUAGAGUACCCCUUAAUAAAUAAUACAACUGUAACUGUAAUAUAAACUAUUUUUGUACAAAUUGAAGUGAAAAAAUUAACAAAAGAUAUCAACGGUAUUUUGUAUGAAACGUUCAAAGUGAAAAGUUGAAUUGAUUUUUAGAUCUUUAAGUAGAUAGUUAUAAUUAUAAUCACAACGAAUAGGGUAUUUUAGUGAAAAAAAUAUCUCUUACAUGUUUUAAAUGUUUUGAUUUUUUUAUCUUAAACAAAUUUCUUAAAUGGCAUGUAUUGAGGGAGCCUAGAUAGGUGAUCUUGUUGGAACUGUAGCCUGUAGGUUCAUUGGUAAAGAAUAUAUUAUACACUGAGUGAAACGGUAUAUAUGGUAGAAAGAGAUGCAAGAGAACUGCAGUAACAGGGAUGACAUGCGUUUCAGUUUGAAGGGUGGGGCACCCGUUGUAACUAUACUGAGACCUUAGAACUUAUAUCUCAAGGUGGGUGGCGCAUU